UUCAAGGUGUGGAGAAACCCUGUUAUUUGCAUUUCAGGUCCUGAGAAUAUAGCCAUACAUAUUUUUGUAGUAACUCCAUCUGACAAGUUUUUUGCCUCAGUGGUAAAAGUGAUCAACUCCAUAAAUCAUGCCACAAAUCAUCCUCCUCCGUGAAGGAACUGAGAGCCACCAGGGCAAGCCUCAUUUGAUAUCCAACAUCAAUGCAUGUGAAGCAAUUGUGGAUGCCAUUCGCACCACACUGGGUCCUCGUGGUAUGGACAAGCUAAUUCUGGAUUCUUCUGGGAAAACUACAAUAUCAAAUGAUGGAGCCACCAUUAUGAAGAAACUUGACAUAGUCCAUCCUGCUGCCAAGACCUUGGUGGACAUUGCCAAGUCUCAGGAUGCUGAAGUUGGAGAUGGAACAACAACAGUGGUUCUGUUAGCUGGAGAAUUCCUCAGGGUUGCUAAGCCAUUCAUUGAGGAUGGGGUCCAUCCCCAAAUUAUCACAAGAUCAUAUACCAAAGCCACUAACCUUGCUUUGAAGAGGAUUGAGGAAAUUUCUGUGAAGGUAAUGGAAGAUAAUCCAGUGAAGCACAGAGAGCUCCUAGAGAAAUGUGCUGCUACUGCUCUUAGCUCCAAGUUGGUGUCAACUCAAAAGGACUUCUUUGCAAAAAUGGUUGUUGCGGCUGUCAACUUAUUGGAUGACCUCUUGCCCUUGGAUAUGAUUGGUGUGAAGAAAGUUCAGGGUGGGGCUCUGGAGGAUUCUCUUCUUGUUGCGGGAGUGGCUUUCAAGAAGACUUUCUCUUAUGCUGGCUUUGAGAUGCAACCUAAGUUGUACCAGAAACCAAAAAUUGCUCUUCUCAACAUUGAAUUGGAGCUGAAGGCUGAGAGGGAUAAUGCUGAAGUCAGAGUGAAAGAUGUCAAAGAGUACCAGAAGGUUGUUGAUGCUGAGUGGACUAUCUUGUAUGAAAAACUUGACCUUAUUCACAAGUCUGGUGCCAAGGUGGUCCUGUCCAAGUUGCCCAUUGGAGAUGUGGCCACUCAGUAUUUUGCUGAUAGAGAUAUGUUUUGUGCUGGACGGGUCCCUGAUGAUGACCUCAAGCGUACAAUGAAAGCCUGUGGGGGAUGUGUCCAGACUACUGCACAUGAUAUGCGGGAUGAGGUUCUUGGCAGAUGUGAAACCUUUGAGGAGCGUCAAAUAGGUGGAGAACGGUAUAACUUCUUCAAAGGGUGCCCCAAUGCCAAGACUUGCACAAUCAUACUGAGAGGAGGAACAGAGCAGUUCAUUGAAGAAACUGAGAGAUCCUUGCAUGAUGCCAUCAUGAUUGUUCGCAGAGCAAUCAAGAAUGAUGCCAUUGUUGCAGGGGGUGGAGCCAUUGAGAUGGAGCUAAGCCGUUAUCUGAGGGAGCACUCCCGGAGCAUAGCUGGCAAAGAGCAGCUCCUGAUUGCUGCCUAUGCCAGAGCCUUGGAAGUCAUUCCUCGGCAAUUGUGUGACAAUGCUGGCUUUGAUUCCACGAACAUCUUGAAUCGUCUGCGGCAGCGUCAUGCACAGAAUGAUGUCUGGUGUGGUGUGGACAUCAAUGAAGAGGAUGUAUGUGACAACUUCAUAGCUUGUGUUUGGGAGCCAGCAAUGAUGAAGGUGAAUGCAUUAAGUGCUGCCAAUGAAGCAGCUUGUUUGAUCCUCUCAGUUGAUGAAACCGUGAAGAAUCCAGCUUCAGAGAGCCAAGAGAACAAGCCACCCUUGCCUGGAAUGGGCCGAGGCCGAGGCAGGCCCAUGACAAAACGAAGUAAGCAUCGUUCAGAUGAGAUAUCAUCUUUAUUUGUUCCUGUGUUGGUGAAACCCAACCCAGAUGACAUCAAUGUUGGUGUUGAGUUGUCAGAGAAGCUUAGAAAGCAGGACCUCCAGAGGGUAUUGGUCCAGUUCCAUCAGAGAGAAGAAGUGAAAUCCCUAUGUCUUGAGAAUGGAUUGGAUAACACACUUUACCAUCAAGCAUACAUCAGCUUUAGAAGGUACUGCUUGGAAUCGGAAGUGCUACCCCCUGAGCUACACAUUGUGUUCAGUGAUAUCUUGCAAAAUGCUGGGCAUGUUGAUGACAUCUUCCCCUACUUCAUGGCUCAUGCUCAGAAGAUCUUCCCACACUUGGGAUGCAUGGAUGACCUCAAGAAGAUAUCUGACCUUCGUUCCCCUACGAAUUGGUACCCAGAGGCUCGUGCCCUAAAUCGCAAGAUUUUCUUCCAUGCUGGUCCCACCAACAGUGGAAAGACCUAUCAAGCUCUUGAGAGGUUCUUACAAGCAAAAUCUGGUGUGUACUGUGGCCCUUUGAAGCUUCUAGCAGUUGAAGUCUUUCAAAAAGCUAAUCAGCAAAUGCCAAAACUCAAGGAUUUGAUCUAUCCCAUAGAUGAGGUGGCUGUCAUAGAUGAAAUUCAGAUGAUGAGAGAUCCUGAGAGAGGCUGGGCAUGGACAAGGGCACUUCUUGGAGUUGCUGCUGAAGAAGUGCAUGUAUGUGGAGAAGCCUCAGCAAUUCAGUUGGUUCAAGACAUGUGUUCCACAGCUGAUGAGACUCUGGAGGUCAGAAAAUACAAGCGCCUCACUGAAUUGGAAAUUGAAUCCAAAGCUCUCAGGUCUCUGGACAAUGUGCAGCCUGGAGAUUGCAUAGUCUGCUUCAGCAAGAAUGAUAUCUACGCUAUUUCCCGGAGCCUUGAAAGCAAAGGCCAUCAGGUCGCUGUCAUUUACGGGGGAUUGCCACCUGGAACAAAGUUGGCUCAAGCUCAGAAGUUCAAUGACCCAGAAGAUCCUUGCAAGAUCCUUGUGGCCACAGAUGCUGUUGGCAUGGGUCUUAACCUGAUGAAAAUCUUUGUGGUUGAGCCCUACAUCAAUGUCAUUGACUGCUUUGAGCAGGGUUAUGUGACAACGUUCAAGGCCGAAGAUCUCCCGACACUGAAGGCCCUUCUUGCCCAGCAACCUGAGCCAUUGACGCAAGCUGGUCUCCACCCUACAGCUGAACAGAUCGAGCUCUAUGCAUAUCACUUGCCAAAUGCCACUUUGUCAAACCUCAUGGAUAUAUUCAUAAGUCUUUCCACUGUGGAUGAUUCACUCUUCUUCAUGUGCAACAUUGAGCAACUGAAGUUCCUGGCUGACAUGAUCCAGCAUGUCCCUUUGCCCUUGAGAGCUCGAUAUGUGUUCUGUUGUGCACCCAUCAAUCGGAAAAUGCCAUUUUAUGCUCGUCAAUACAGUAGAAAUGAGCCAGUGACUCUCGAUUGGCUGUGUCAUCACCUUGGAUGGCCUUUUGCACCUCCCCGCACCAUCCUGGACUUGGUGCAUCUUGAAUCCGUCUUUGAUGUUCUUGACCUCUACCUCUGGCUAAGCUAUCGGUUCAGCGACCUGUUCCCAGAUGCAUUGCUUGUGAGGGACAUGCAGAAAGAGCUUGAUGAUGUCAUUCAGCAAGGUGUUGUAAACAUCACCAAGCUGCUGAAGAACUCAGAAACAGGUAUCAGUGGAGCAACUGGCCUUGGAGAUGCCCAAGAUGCAUUUACCCUCAAGAUCAAGCAGCAGCAAUAUAAGAAAGGGAAGACAGCAGCCGCACCAGAGUCAGCCACGGCGAAAACGAUGGGCCUGAAGAGCCGAGGAGGAGAGCUGACACAAAGGCUGGUCGAUCAGGGCCUCCUCACCCCAAAGAUGCUGCAACAACUGCAGGAGGAAUGGCUGAAAAGCAGCCAGAACGAUCCUCCCUCCUCGCCGAAUUCCAAGAAGAAAACUAAAUAAGAGAAGUGAACAGCAUGCGCUCUAGUGAUCUUGAACAGUGUCUAUUUUGGACGUAGAUGAUGAUGAUCAUGGUGCAAUGAAUUUAUUUUUGCUCA